AUGUCCAUGAAUAGACGCCAUGCACGCAUUCUUCAGACCAUCAUUGGCGCCAUCCUGCUCUCCCUGGGGGUUUGCUACUUGGUGACCGAACAUUCAGCUCAAGCGAAAGCCCAAUACGUGGGGGAAGAACCAGUUUCAGCUCCCGACGCGGACACUGCGCCCACCGUCGUCUUCGUGUGUACAAGCCGCGACGACACGUCCUGGAUCGAAAGGGAUUUCUCCUUCUUCCUCCCUCGAUCUCGACGGAUCGUCUAUGUCGCCGACGACACGUCCGCGCCAUUCCACCCGCCUCUCAACCACGGAAACGAGGCCAUGUCCUACCUCACGUUCCUGAUCGACCACUACGAAGCUCUUCCCCCCGUCGCCGUCUUCCUUCACUGCCACCGCACGACUUAUCACAACAACGUCCGCUUCGACAACCAGACGGCACCGCAAGUGCAACGCAUGAACUACUCACACGUCCACAAGCACGGCUACGUCAAUCUUCUCUGCGACGAAAACGGCUGGCCCAGCUCCAGCUGCGACGUCGCCCACGGAGCGAGCUUCCCUCUCUCCAGAUUCCGCGAGUCCGAAGCGGAUUUCAGGCGGCUGGUGCCCUCUCGGGUCAAGAGAUCAUUCAUUGCACAAAUGAACUACAUCCUGAACAACGUGCUUCCGGACCAGAAGCUUCCGGCCGUCAUUGGCGCUCCGCGAGGGGCACAAUUUGCAUUGGCGCGGGAAGCAGCGCGGCGUGUGCCGUUGGAAACGCUGCACUGGCUGAGGCAGUGGGUGAUCGAUUCUGCCGGGCACCUCGACGGCCAUUUCGUGGGCCAGGUGCUGGAGAACCUGUGGCACGUUAUCUUCCUCGGCGCGGCGAAUGGUGUUUUGUGUCCGUCGGAGGAUAUCUGUUACUGUGACCUGUACGGACUGUGCGAUUGA